AUGGCAGAAAUCCUCUGCGGCGUCUGCGCCACAGAGCCAAAGAAGUACAAAUGCCCAACCUGCGCGCUGCCAUACUGCUCCCUUCCCUGUUUCAAAACCCACAAACCCACACACUCCGACCCAUCCAACCCCCCACCCACCACGACCUCACCAACCCUCCCCCAACCAGCACAACCACCCACCCCAAAGCCGCGUUACCUAAAACAACGCCGAGACUUCUCCCUCCUAGCCACAAACCCCAAAUUCCAAUCCCUCCUAAAAACCAACCAAGCGCUUCUCCCUGCCCUCCAACGCGUCUACGCAAAAACAAUACGGCCAGAUCCCGAGGACGAGCGCCGCCGGCGCAUGCUCGAGAGAAACGCGUUUCGGGGAAGGGGCACAAGAGGGCGUGGGAGGGGGAGAGGUGGUGGGAGGGGAGGCUGGAAUGCGCAUGAUGAAAGGGAGGAGCGGUGGACACCGAAGAAAGGGGAUAAGGAUGCGAUGGGGGUGCUGAAGGAAAUGAGAGGUGCACAGGCGAGUGGGGAGGAGAAGGAUGCGAUGGAGUUGUUUGUGGGGUUGGUGGAGGAGUUGUUUGUGCAGGGGGAGAAGAGCGAGAAGGGUGAAGGUGAGGGGGUGUGA